AAUACACCUUAAUCUAUGUCUUUAGAACACAAGUUUGAAAAUUUCCUUUUUAUUAUAAGUUUUCUUUUUCUUCUUCUUUGUUUAAACAGUUACUUUUGUUUUUCCUAUGUCCAGUGAAUUGUGACAUGCAUUCUGCACUACGGAAUCCUGAAUGGGCAUGGCUCCCCAAGCACAUUUUGGAUUUAAUUCUGGAUAAAUUGGUGUCUCUUUAUGCCUAUAUCCAAUUUGGAUUGGUAUGCAAAUCGUGGUAUUCUGUUGCCCGAGACAAUAAAAAGAAACGAUGUAUCAUCAAUGCUUCUCAUCCUCAACUUCCUCUACUCUUGAUCCCCAUUAAAGAUAGUGAAGAGAGGUGUCUAUACAAUGUUGUUCAGGGUAAAGUCUAUGACUUCCGAGUAAAAGUACCUUUAAAGAGGUGUUGUGGUUCUUCCAAUGGGUGGUUGUUUAUUCUCGAGGAGGAUAAAUGUUUGACCUUGUUAAAUCCUUUCUCUAACAAGGCGAUCAAACUACCUCCGAUCACUGAAGGUGAGGAACUGUUUAGUGAGAUUUUCGUUUGGAAGGCUGUUUUAUCAAAAGAUCCUGUUUUGUAUCCAAAUGAUUAUGAGGUUGCAGUUAUAUAUGAUGGCAUGCGUCGAUUGGCUCUCUAUAGAGCACAAUGUGAAACUUGGACUUACUUUUCAGAUAAUGGGGGAUUGAAGAUCUUUAUGGAUGUUAUUUAUUACAAAGGUAGUUUCUAUGCAAUAGACUAUUGGAUGGGUAUUGGACGGAUUGAUAAUACUAGCAUUGAGAAUUCAGUUUCCUGGCCUCAAGUAAAUUUGGUGCUACGGCGCAUUCUGCCAACAUUUCCAGAAAAGCACAGUGUUUAUGACACUUUUUUGGUUGAGACAUCUGAUGGAGACCUACUAUUGGUGAGGAGAUAUUUGUUUAAAGAGGACUAUGAAUGGACUCCUGAGCUUGAACUUGAAGAGACAGGGAAUGAUUUCACAAUAAAAUUUAGAGUUUAUAAGCUAGGAGAGUUGAGCAAUAACGGGACACCAAAUUUGGUGGAGAUUAAUGAUUUAGGUGACUAUGCUAUGUUUUUGGGUUGCAAUCAUUCUAUGUUAGUCCCAACACUUGAGUUUCCUGGAUUGCAGCGGAAUUGCAUAUACUACACAAAUGAUAGAGUGGAUGUUUAUAAUCCUCUUGAUGCGGGCAUCUUCAAAUUAGGAGAUGGAUACAUUAGACCGCAUUACAUUCCUGAGAAUGAUGAGGAUUUGCCACCAACAAAUUGGAUUGCGCCAACUUUGCAGGGAGAUUGGCAUGAAGGAACUGCCUUUGUUUGAUUUAAAUGCUUAUACAUAGUGGUAAAUUGUUAGGACAUUAAGGUUUUUUGGUUUUUUUUUUUUAAUAAGAAAUUCUUAAUUUUCUU